GCAACACACGCACGUCCCACCUUCUGCAACGUGUGCCGUGAGCCCCUCGGCGCGCUGGGCACGGCGCACGCGCUGGCGUGCGAGCUGUGCAAGUUCAAGGCGCACAAGCGUUGUGCGUCGCGCGCACCGCCCUCGUGCAAGUGGAGCACGCUGGCUUCGCUCGGCCCGCACGUGGUAGAAGACGUAGAGGGGAACAUAAUAAUGCCUCACCAGUGGCUGGAAGGGAACCUGCCCGUAGCAGCCAAGUGUGACGUCUGUGAUAAAACCUGCGGUUCGGUGCUCAGAUUGCAAGACUUCAGAUGCGUGUGGUGCAGACGAUGCGUGCACGCGGCGUGCAAGCCUAGCUGGCGCGCGUCGUGCAUGCUAGGCCCGGCGCGCGCGUCUGUCGUGCCGCCCACCCGCCUGCACUCAGUGGGGCCUGAUGACGCGUGGGUGCCUGACAGACCGCCGAACGCCAGCCCGCUCAUAGUCUUUGUCAAUUCGCGGUCAGGUGACAACCAAGGCGUGAAGUUCCUACGGCGCUUCAAGCAGCUUUUGAACCCAGCGCAAGUGUUCGAGCUAAGUGGAGCUGGUCCCAGGCUAGGGCUGCGAUUGUUCAGGCACUUCGCCCCACUGCGGGUGUUGGUGUGCUCGGGAGACGGGUCGGUGGGCUGGGUACUGCAAGAGGUCGACAAGUUGGAUAUGCACCGUCAAGUACAAACAGCAGUGCUGCCGCUUGGUACUGGUAACGACCUAGCGCGAGUCUUGGGCUGGGGCGCGUCGUGCGACGACGCGGCUAACUUACAGCAACUGCUGGAGCGGUACGAGAGAGCUUCGACUAAGAUGCUGGAUAGGUGGUCGAUAAUGACGUUCGAGAGGGCAUUGACAGCGCCGCCGCCUCCGCCCGCGCCGCCUGACUUAGUAGAAGAAAGCUCGCUGCUGAAGAACUUGCAGGAAAUUAUGCAGGCGGGUGAAGUAAGCUGCGCAGCCACUGGUGCUUUGCGCGUGGGUUGUGCGCGUCUUGCACUAGCGGGGGAGCGCGCGGGGGGCGGGGCCGCGCGGGCAGCACACCGCCUACGUCGAGCACUGUCUUUGCUUUUGCACGCGCGCGCGCAUUUAGCGCACGACCACGCGAGGUGCAGAUCAUGGGAGCCUCUAGAAACAAAUAGUGAUAGUGAGCCUGAAGCACAACCCGUUGCCGAGAAAGGCAGCAUCGAAAAGACUGAAAAGGAGCAGCUUAAUUGGGCGGCACGAGGCUGCGCCCUCGCCGGCCGCGCAGAUAGCGUUCGGCGAGCGUUACGCUCGCUCGUCCGAACGCUCGUGCAAUUCUACCCGCAGGAGUCAGAAUCGUGCGACACGUGCACGAGCGGCGCGGAGGGCGGGGCGGCGUGCGAGACGGGCGCGGGCGCGGACGAGAUGUCGGCGCUGCCGGUGCCGAAGGCCUUCGCCGACAGUCGGCGCUCGUCGGCCGCGUCGGCCGUUUCCGCCGCCUCUAUUAACCCUGAGAACAUUCCAGACGUGGACGAAGAUAUAGCGAAAUUAAUUAGUUCGAAUCCGCCUGAGCAGGCGUUCAGCUUAGACGUAGACAAGCGCUCGCGCAGCAAGGCCGAUUCGGCCUCGCCGCAGGAGCGCCUGUCUCUCUCCAACCUGUCCUCCUGCGACACCUCUUCCUGCCGCAACCUCCGCCCCGACGCCGCCGCCUUUAGCUCUAGCCUUACGAUACCUAACCUAGUUGUCUCCGACGAUAGCGAUAAGCCAGAUUCGAUAUUACAGGGAGUAGCUUACGAAUCGGACCAAUUGACUAUUAUAGACAUCGACAAACCUUACACCGACGACGUUCAUUAUAGCGAACUGAGUGCCCGAGCGACCCCAGUUAGUGGGGAUUGCACGCCGGAGAGGAAACUAUCUAGUGUUGACUUGGAGGUGGAUGCAACGAGCUCGGAAGGGUCCAAUAUUAGCGACGACUUUAGCUUAAUAUCAGAGAUUAUUGACGCGAAACCAGACGAUAUCGAAGAGACUGGCUGCAUCGGACACAUCGAUUCCCCUGAAGUUUCAGAUGCGACGUAUAUGAACUCUGAGACUUUACAUGGAGAAUCGAUCAUGGACGACAUCAGCUCUAUGCUCGGACAGGACGUCCUUAUGGCUAUGAUGGGAAAGAACGGAGAAAACGAAACGUAUACGGAUGACACAACACUUUUUACAUCAGAUACAGUGUCAGAUAUACAAAUGGACAGCCGAAACCCUAGCUUGGAGAAGAAUAACGAGACCAAAAUGAAAUACAUAUCGAAAAUUAAGAAGCCCAAAGAGGGGGAGGUUGAGAAAUUCGGGUUCGAAAACAGAGUAUUCUACAUCGAAAAUGCAACGAAAGUGGAGGAGCAAAUCAAAUACUGUAGUCUAGCGCAGUUUGAGGAGGGCAGUGACAUCGCUAGGAAAUCGUUCAGAAAACAACUAAAGAAAAGCAUCAAGAAAAGGGUGGCCGACGAUUCAAGUGUUAAACACCUAUUGCCUACGACAGAAGAACUAAAAGACGACGAUUUUGGGAAAUGCUGUCACAGUUCUCUGACAAUGAUUCCGUUGAACCAGCACUGUGAAAAGAAAGCAGAUGGCGUCCAACUCCAAAUACCAGCGUUUCCUCAAGUUAGUGUUGUAGUGGAACCUCCUUCUCCUUCACACAGCGAAGAUAGGAAGAGCUUGAAGAAUAACGGUAGUCGAAUGGCGUCGGUGCUAAGUGACAUCUUCGACCAGGGUACGGAUACGCUGAGUGUACAUUCCCCUGAACCCAGCAUUGCCACAGCCAGGGAAAGGCGACAGUCAGAUAACCCGAACCUGUUAAGUUCUGAUCCGGAGUAUGGAAAGUUUUUGAGCUGCUCCCCGGCGGCUACUAGAAGAAUAUCCUGUGGAAGCCUCUUCAAACCUGGUGAACCUGACAAUGAUUUGUCUCAAAGCAGGUUAUCAACAUCAGUGUCAUCAAUAUGGGGGGAAGGCGGUGCGAUGAGCGGGAUGGGGUCAUCAAAGACCGAAGUCAAUGAUAAAGCUAAGAAACUUCCCAUCAUCAACCCCCUAGUUCAAUUACCAGCUUGGCCGCACGUCACCCAAGGGUUCAUAAGCCAAUGUCUUCUCGCAAACGCUGAUGCGUUAUGCGCUGCUGUCAGUCCAUUGAUGGAUCCUGAUGAGACGUUGUUAGAAGGGUUCUAUGAAAGAGCAGUGAUGAACAACUACUUCGGAAUUGGGAUCGACGCGAAGAUAACUCUGGACUUCCAUAAUAAGAGGGAGGAGCACCCUGAGAAGUGUCGAUCGAGGGCGAGGAAUUACAUGUGGUACGGCGUGCUGGGGUCGAAGGAAUGGGUCAAUAGGACUUACAGGCAUCUCGGUCAACGAGUACAACUGGAAUGCGACGGUCAAAGGAUACCUUUGCCCGAGCUGCAAGGGAUCGUAGUCCUCAACAUCCCCUCGUUCAUGGGCGGGACCAACUUCUGGGGCGGCACCCGCGGGGAUGACCUGUUCCUGGCGCCUUCCUUCGAUGAUAGGAUCCUUGAGGUGGUAGCAGUAUUCGGCUCAGCCCAAAUGGCGGCUUCCCGCCUCAUAAAUCUCCAAAAACACCGCAUCGCUCAAUGCAGGGCAGUCCAGAUCAACAUCCUUGGCGAGGAAUGUGUUCCAGUACAAGUAGACGGAGAAGCCUGGCUACAACCACCCGGAUGCGUCCGGAUCAUACACAAGAACCGGGCGCAAAUGCUGUGCAGGUCAAGAACACUGGAGAACAGUCUUAGGGCGUGGGACGAGAAGCAACAAAUGAAGGCGCACGCGCUGGCCGGGCAGCCGCCGCGCGCGCCGCUGACCGCCGCCGAAGCCGCCCAACUACUCGCGCUGCUCGAUGACGUCAACACACUCGUCAAGCACGUGAAACUGUCGUGCAUAAGCGAGACGGGCGUCUCUGGUGGAGUAUCGAGCGGCGUGGCUCUGGCACGGCGCGUGGCGGCGCAAGCUGAUGCUCUGCAAGACGCCGAAGGAAAACUACUGCCCGCGCCGCAGCUGCGACGUCUACUGGCAACCCUGGUGGAAAGCUGCCACGAGUUGGUAGAAGCCGGGUGUUCGGGGCCGGGCGGCGCGGGCGCACUAUCGGCCCUUAGAGCGCAUUUAGCACGCGUCGAGAUGCGCGAAGGACACGCCUACUUACACCCUGACGAGGUCCAGAAAAAGUCCGGUCGCUGGCUGCGCGGCCGCCGCAGCGUCUCCGAAGGACCGCAGGGGUCAUCGACCGCUGCUCAGGUCAAGUGCUGGGGCGUCAAGGAGGUCCAAACCUGGCUAGAGUCCUUACAGCUAGGGGAAUAUUCUGACGCGUUCGCGAAACAUGACGUCACGGGCCGCGAGCUCCUCUCAUUGGCGCGUAGAGAUCUCAGGGAUCUUGGCAUCACGAAGGUGGGACACGUGAAGAGGAUACUGCAAGCUGUCAAGGAGCUGCAGUGACGUCGGCGAGGCCACUCCGAGGGAGAUGGCCACGGGUAAACGAAACGGACGGUCGCGACGCGAUGUGAUUUUGUUUUUUCAGAAUGGCAAUUGUUUCUUUACGGCCAGAUGCUUUGAAAUAAAUUAGAUUAUAUCGAACUGUCGAUUGUAUUUUCAGCAAUAUCUACUUAUUCGUUUUAAGAAUUUGACAAGCAAAGGCGUUCUGUUAAAAAGCCAAAUGCUGUAUCAUUCGUAUGUCUUCUUCUUAUGAAAUAGGUAGUUUUUAGAUACUUAAAACACACAUAAGCAAUCUGUAUGCCCUUGAUAUAGUGUUAAAGUUCGUGUGAGUCUUUUUGAGACAGAAUACUUUAAUAUUUAGAUAAGUCUUGCUAUAUAACAAUAAUAUUACCUACUUAAUCAUUUGAUAAUGGCGAUGUGUUGUCUCCAAAUACAUAGCGUAGUACCUACCAAAGAUUACAUAAUACUUAAUUUGCAUAUUUAAAGCUAUAUUUUAAUGAUAUAGUCUAGAAUUAUAGCAAUAUUAAUUUUAGGGAAGGUAAGUCGCGACCGUAAUAAUACAAUUUUAGCCAAUAAGAUAUUAUUUUGAACUUCUCCAUAUUUGUU